ACAUUCAGCCCUUUUUUGGAGGCUGAUAUGUGGCCCCCUGCCCCCAGUGAAAAUGAGUGCGGCACCAGUGUUUUAGAAAGUCUGUGGACCACCUGAAGCUUAUUCAUGGAACCCCUGGGCCAGUGGGUUGGCCUGGAAGCAGCUCUCAGAAUUAGUUGGGGGCUUUUAAAACACUAGAGCUCUCAAAUUCUUUUAUUACUGCUUAGAACCCUUACUGUGGAGACACACUAUAUUUACAUCUAAGGACACUGUCUCCUUACGCUUGUGGUGUUGUUUACAGUGAAUUUUGACUAAUUUAUGUUAUUUGCCAUUAUGUUACAGAGCAAAGUAGUCCAAGAGGUUAAAUGAUUUGCCCGAGUAUUUCAAUUAGCAAGUGUGUAAACUGGAAUCAGGAGUUGAUUUCUUUCUUGUAUGAUGUAUGCAACUGACUUAUCAUCAUUGGGUAUAGUUACUGCCUUUAUGUGACCUUGUCAGUGAGGACUAGAUGAUCCUGGGAGGUUCCUUCCAGUUAACAAUUUGUGAUUCUUGGCUCUUAUGUUUUCAUUGGACUAUCUGUGUGCAUUCUUCUUUCCAUGUGAUGGAAUGCUGGUGAGGCUGAGGGAUGAAUUGAGUGUAUGGAGAGCAGGUUUAUCUCCUCACUAGACUAUGAACUCCUUGAAAGGAGGAAUCGUGUCUUACUCAUCUUUAUAUCCCCAGCAUCCAGUACAGUACCUGGUACAGAGUUUAAGCUGAAUUGUGGGACAUGGCCACUGCUUCACCAAGGUCUGAUACUAGUAAUAAUCACAGUGGAAGGUUACAGUUACAGGUAACUGUUUCUAGUGCCAAACUAAAAAGAAAAAAGAACUGGUUUGGAACAGCAAUAUAUACAGAAGUAGUAGUAGAUGGAGAAAUUAAGAAAACAGCAAAAUCCAAUAGUUCUUCUAACCCAAAAUGGGAUGAACAGCUAACCAUAAAUGUGACCCCUCAGACCACAUUGGAAUUUCGUGUUUGGAGUCAUCACACUUUGAAAGCAGAUGCUUUAUUAGGAAGAGCAACAAUAGAUCUGAAACAGGCUCUGUUAACACACAACAGAAAGUUGGAAAGAGUGAAAGAACAAUUAAAACUUUCCUUGGAAAACAAGAAUGGCAUAGUGCAAACUGGUGAAUUAAUGGUUGUGCUGGAUGGAUUGGUGAUUGAGCCAGAAAAUCUAACAAGCUGCAACUCACCUCCAACCAUAGAAAUACAGCAAAAUGGUGAUGCCUUACAUGAAAAUGGAGAGCCAUCAGCCAGGACAACGACCAGGUUGACUCCUGAAGGUCCAAAUGGAAUAGAUAACCAUGUACCUUCCAGCACUGUGGUGCAGAAUUCAUGCUGUUCACCUGUAGUUAAUGGAGACAGUGCACCUUCAUCUCCAUCUCAGGGUGCUGCCAGACCCCGAAACACACCAGCUCCCAAACCACUCACAUCUGAGCCAGCCAGUGAUGCUGAUUGCCUUGUUCAUUUGCCCUUUGCAGUUAAUGGAGAAUCGACCUCACUUGCACCAACUGAUGCCCCUCCUGCCAUGCUGACUGCGGUGGUCCCUGAGGAUGGCACCUCAUCACCAAGUUGCAUUGGAACCUCUAGUGAGGAGGCCCCUGUUCCAGAAGUGCCAGUGUCCUCGGAAUACAAUGGAUGUGUCCUCUCUGAUGGAAUGAUAUUCGGGUCUGGGACUGUUGGUGACCUAGACCCUGCUGCCUCUGCUUCUGGAAAUAGCUCUGCCUUGGAAACAGUGAAGUUAAGGCAGCCGGGUGGGUGUGUGGAGCCUGGGACGAAUGCCAACACAGAAACCCUGCCCUCAGGGUGGGAGCAGAGGAAAGAUCCGCAUGGAAGAACCUAUUACGUGGAUCAUAAUACUCGAACGACCACAUGGGAGAGGCCACAGCCUUUACCUCCAGGCUGGGAGAGAAGAGUGGACGACCGUGGCAGGGUGUACUAUGUGGACCACAACACUAGGACAACCACGUGGCAGCGGCCGACCCUGGAGUCGGUUCGGGACUUUGAACAGUGGCAGUCACAGCGCAGCCAGCUCCAGGGUGCCCUGCAGCAGUUCAAUCAGCGCUACCUCUACUCAGCUUCAAUGUUAGCUGCAGAAAAUGACCCCUACGGGCCUUUACCACCAGGCUGGGAAAAAAGAGUAGAUUCAACAGAUAGAGUUUACUUCGUGAAUCAUAACACAAAAACCACCCAGUGGGAAGAUCCAAGAACUCAAGGCUUACAGAAUGAAGAGCCCCUGCCAGAAGGCUGGGAGAUUAGGUAUACUCGGGAAGGUGUACGCUACUUUGUCGAUCAUAACACCAGAACAACAACAUUCAAAGAUCCUCGAAAUGGGAAAUCGUCUGUAACUAAAGGUGGUCCACAGAUCGCUUAUGAGCGCAGCUUUCGGUGGAAGCUUGCUCACUUCCGUUACCUGUGCCAGUCCAAUGCACUACCCAGUCACGUAAAGAUCAACGUGUCCCGACAGACAUUGUUCGAAGAUUCCUUUCAGCAGAUUAUGGCAUUAAAACCCUACGACUUGAGGAGGCGAUUAUAUGUAAUAUUUAGAGGAGAAGAAGGGCUUGAUUAUGGUGGUUUAGCAAGAGAAUGGUUUUUCUUGCUCUCACAUGAAGUCCUGAAUCCCAUGUACUGCUUGUUUGAGUAUGCUGGCAAGAACAACUACUGUCUUCAGAUCAACCCUGCAUCCACCAUCAACCCGGACCACCUUUCCUACUUCUGCUUCAUCGGUCGCUUCAUUGCCAUGGCACUUUUCCAUGGAAAGUUUAUUGAUACUGGUUUCUCUUUACCAUUCUACAAGCGUAUGCUAAGUAAGAAACUGACGAUUAAGGAUUUGGAAUCCAUUGAUACUGAAUUUUAUAAUUCCCUUAUCUGGAUAAGAGACAACGACAUUGAAGAAUGUGGCUUAGAAAUGUACUUUUCUGUUGACAUGGAGAUUUUGGGAAAAGUUACCUCACAUGACCUGAAGCUGGGAGGUGCCAAUAUCCUGGUGACUGAGGACAACAAGGAUGAGUACAUUGGUUUAAUGACAGAAUGGCGUUUCUCUCGAGGAGUGCAAGAGCAGACCAAAGCAUUCCUGGAUGGUUUCAAUGAAGUUGUUCCUCUUCAGUGGCUACAGUACUUUGAUGAAAAAGAACUGGAGGUUAUGCUCUGUGGCAUGCAGGAGGUGGACCUGGCUGACUGGCAGAGAAAUACUGUAUAUCGGCAUUACACAAGAAACAGCAAGCAGAUUAUUUGGUUUUGGCAGUUUGUGAAGGAUACAGACAAUGAGGCGAGAAUGCGUCUGCUUCAGUUUGUCACAGGAACCUGCCGCCUGCCCCUUGGAGGCUUCGCUGAGCUCAUGGGAAGUAAUGGGCCUCAAAAAUUUUGCAUUGAAAAAGUUGGGAAAGAUACCUGGUUACCAAGAAGCCACACGUGUUUUAAUCGCUUGGACCUCCCACCGUAUAAGAGUUAUGAGCAACUGAAAGAGAAACUUCUUUUUGCAAUAGAAGAAACAGAGGGGUUUGGACAAGAAUAAAUGAGGUUUCUCAUCUUGGGGAACUCUGGUGUUCACAUACCCCAGCCAAGAAAAAUUUCACAGAUAAGUGUAAAUAAGCCGUUCGUUCUGUACGGUGCAUUUUCUGAACAUCUCUAAAUAUAAAUGUUUUCUGUUGUUACACAGAAUAUACAAAAGAACUCAUCCUUUUCUACUUUAUUUAUUAUUCCCUUGAACUGAUUGACCAGGAAAAAAGAUUACCUUUAACUUUUGCAGCAAGAGACUUUAUUAAAAAUAAGUAUCUACAUCAGUGUGCCCGUAGUGGCUCUAGUUUUAUAGAGCUGCUUGGCUGCAUCAUCACAACAGCAUUCCUGCGGAAGCAGUCCAGAUGCCUUCACCUCAGUUCUGCCCCUUCACAUGACAUAUCCCACGUGGUAUGUGCAGUUGUGUGGCUGUUCAGGAAGGUACUGAGGGCCUAGGCCAAGUCUGACUUAGAGUAUGUUAACUAAUGCUGCUGGCUUUUCUGAAGACAGGUGCUCAAACCUGUCAAUUUAUUUUAAAUAAAUACAGUAGUUGAAAAUUUCCCUUCUGCUACACCACUAAGGAAAUGCAGUCCAAGUAACAAAUGAAAGCAUCCUUACGUGAAAGUCAUGUACUAACAGACCCAGCCCCAUUCUUUCUAGUUUAGAGAUGGAAUCUAUUGAGAAGCAUAGAGUUUUGUUUACAUGUUCCUUUGGGAUACUAGGUAUUUGUGGGAUUAAAAGAAUCAGGCACAUCUGUACUUUUGUUUUUAAGUGUGAUGGUCUUUUAAUUCAUAACUUGAUGCAGUUUGAUACUUAGGGACAUAUAAAAGGUAACGUGAACUUGUCCAUUUUUGUUUUCAAAGUUUUAGUUCAUUAAACCAGAUGGACUAAAGAGUUCAUAAGCAUUUGAACUCAAAUGAGUCUAAUGAUUUUCUGUUCAUGAAAAUUCUAUGUAUCUGAAUUAAAUAAGCAUAUCAACAAUCUUUUGGUCCUUCCCCCUUUCCAUAUAGAUUAUUUUUGUCCUAAGUAACUAACUUUUUAAUUGUUAUCAAAGCCAUUUUCUGAACUACAAAGUUGUAUAACAAAUUAAAAUCUGAUGUGAUAUUAAUGCUACUUUACCAAACAGGGCUUCCUAAUUAAUACAAAAAUUUAAAUAUGCAUCAUUUCAAUAUGCACUGUAAAUUCCAUUUACCUAAAAAUUUUCUAUAACCACAGAAGUGACAUCUUAGAAUGUUAACAUAUUUCACUGCUGAAUAUAUACAAAAAUUAGUAUACAAUCUAAUCUCCCUAAAGUUUGUUUUGCCAAAAAUUUUUUUUUAUAUAUUAGAUUGUGUUCUGUAUUUUUUCAAAACUCAGAGUAAAGAUGCAAUCCAGUUGGUUGAAUAGACUCCUUUCCCAAAUUCUAACUGCUGACACGGGUUCUUUUCAAGCCUAAAGAAUUUUUUUUUAAUCUAACAUAUAUGACAGUGAUAACUAGUCUUCAAAGUGCUACUCAAGUUAUACCUGAAAAGAGUUCACUGUCAGACACAUAAAGGAUCCCCAGCUGGAUGAGUUUGUAAUGAUUGAAGACAGGAGGUUUUCAUGGGUCUGGUCCCCUCUCCACUUCAGGUAAGAAAUUAUUGUGAUCAAAUGGGCUAACAUAACCCAGAUCAGCUUUCUGGAGAGGCCUUCCCCCUUCCAUGAUGAUGACAGAGAUACAGACCUGCAGGCAGGAUCCCCUGUCUUGACUGGUCCCAGCACAGACAGCUCCCAGGGGAGGCUCAGCAACAUGCAGCACCAGUACCAGCAAACAGAUCACAGGCACAACACACUUUCAUAUACCAUAUUAGUUGUUGGCCUUCUCUGGACAGACACUACAAGUGGUUUUGUUCUCAGUCCCUCCUCAGCAGUUAGAACUGAAAGGUCUGAAAAACUGUUAACCUACAGCCUUGGCGUGCCCACCCACCCAGCUCUUCUCAUCCUCAGAGGCAGACAGAGUGGUGUGGGUCAGCAACACUGACAUUGUAGUUCACCCCACUUCUCACUCCCUUCAAAACACAUACUCUUAAUCCACUGAACUUAAAAGCUAAACUCGUGUUCUAUGCUUUUCCUUUGGCAGAUCACAUCCCCACGUGACCUCAUCAGACAGCAUUUCGCCUUCUUGAGGCUCCUCUGCACCUAGUAUACACUCUCCAGUCAUAAGACACAGUUCAAUGCUGAGUGCAGGACAUUUGUCACAUGAACUCCAUGGGCCUUGCCAAAGUUACCACAGUGAUGCACAGGCACAUAGGCCAAAACAGUGUUUAGAGUGAGCUUGCACAAAAGCAAAAAAUGCCACCAAAAUAAUGUUCUGCCAACAAAGACAAAUCCAAAAGGGGCAUCUCCUACUAAAUCCCAACUUUACUCCCCAAUUUCCACAAAGGAGAAUGCAAUCAGAGGGCCAUGGUAUUUAAUAUACAUACUGAUGAUACUCAUGGUAACUCCUUAAUCCUCAUGACUCCACGAACUGGGUUUUUUGUUGUUGUUGUAGAGUCUGAGAAAAGUCAUUUUACAAAGUCCACAGUCUGUAAUUUAAAUACUCAGUUGGGAAAACUGCCAACAAGAAGUUAAUUGAGAGCUUCUGGGUUCUUACAGUAUAGUAGCCAAUUUCCAAGUUCAGAUUUCUUGUCACAGCCUCUAAAAAAGGAAACAUCUACAAGGAGGUCCUUGUAACCACCCAGCCAGUCUGUAAUGCUUACAAGAUAGAACACAAAUAUUUGUGUACACACAUAGGAGGGGAAACAAGG